UCCAGCGGUUGCCAGAGCCCCGAAUUCAGCCAGAUUCCAUACAGACCGUAUGUUCUCGAAGCCCGCAGUCAACACUCCUCACUAACCUAACGCCCAAUACUUACGGCAGGCCUUAGCAAUUAAAAAAACUACAUCUCCCAGAAACCUUAGCGAAAAUAAGUCUCACCUUGCGUAACCACGUAGUCCUUCGCCACAUUUGAACAAAGUAAUCCCUUCAUUUUUCAGAAGGUAUGAGGAAUAAUACUUUGUUUUUCUCCGCACCGGGACAAGUUUAAAUGUUACUGCGAUAAGAGACAUUAGCUAUGGGAAGGUGAUGAAGCGACUCGAGUAAAGAGGAAAGAGGCCAUCAAAACUAAACACUGCGGAGGAAUUUUUGUCCUGCCGUGAGACGACGGAGUGAAGAGCGUGAAGGCGAUUGAGAGGGGCUCAAGGGAUUGUGCUCUAGGCGAGGGCCUUCCUUUAGGCCCCGACCCGGCCUGCCCCUAAAGCCAGCAGAGAGAUGGAAACCUUGAUGACUAGUUCAGCCCUACCUCCCCUUUUUGCAGAUGAGGACGGCUCCAAGGAGAGUAAUGACCUGGCUGCCACUGGGUUAACCCACCCAGAGGUUCCAUAUAGUGGUGGAGUCACAUCAUCCACCAACAAUUCAGAAUUUGUGGAGGAUCUCUCUCAAGGGCAGUUGCUUCAAAAUGAGCCUCCUAAUACAGCAGAAGGCAAUGAGCAAAGGCAUGAAGAUGAGCAAAGAAGUAAACGAGGAGGUUGGUCAAAAGGCAGAAAGAGGAAGAAACCUCUCCGAGACAGCAAUGCACCCAAAUCCCCACUUACAGGAUAUGUUCGGUUCAUGAAUGAGCGUCGAGAACAGCUUCGAGCAAAAAGACCUGAAGUCCCGUUUCCAGAAAUCACCAGAAUGUUGGGCAAUGAAUGGAGUAAACUGCCUCCUGAAGAAAAGCAGCGCUACCUUGAUGAAGCAGACAGAGAUAAGGAACGUUACAUGAAGGAACUGGAGCAGUAUCAGAAGACAGAGGCUUACAAGGUCUUCAGUAGGAAAACCCAGGACCGUCAGAAAGGCAAAUCUCAUAGGCAAGAUGCAGCCCGACAGGCCACUCAUGACCAUGAGAAAGAAGCAGAGGUAAAGGAACGGUCUGUUUUUGACAUCCCUAUAUUUACAGAGGAAUUCCUGAACCACAGCAAAGCCCGGGAGGCAGAGCUCCGCCAGCUUCGGAAAUCCAACAUGGAGUUUGAAGAGCGGAAUGCAGCCCUGCAGAAACACGUGGAGAGCAUGCGCACGGCCGUAGAGAAGCUGGAGGUCGACGUGAUCCAAGAGCGGAGCCGCAACACUGUCUUACAGCAGCACCUGGAGACCCUGCGGCAGGUGUUGACCAGCAGCUUCGCCAGCAUGCCCUUGCCUGGAAGUGGAGAGACCCCUACAGUGGACACCAUUGACUCGUAUAUGAACAGAUUGCACAGUAUUAUUUUAGCUAAUCCCCAAGACAAUGAAAACUUCAUAGCUACAGUUCGUGAAGUUGUGAACAGGCUUGAUCGUUAGGGAAUGGUAUACAGCUCCAGGAUGUUCUGUAAGUGAUUUUACUUGUGAGGAAUGAGAAGCCAUCCAUGGAAAGCUGAACUGAGUGGAGGCAGAGUGGGCAUGCAGAUUACUCUGCUUGUGAAAGAAUUCCCAGUUACAAGCUCAAUGCCUCCACCCCAGGAAGCCAUGUGAGGGAGCAGCGAAAGGAACACAGACAGGAACUUCCUUUGGAAUCGUUUUUUGUGGACUUUGAAAGUGUACAGCCUCUCCCCUGCAUCUACGGUUUCCUGUUAUCUCCAUUUCCGUUGAAGUGGACCUGCAUAUAUUCUGCUGACCAGGCAACCUGAGACUGAUACCGGCAGCAGUGAAGCCUUCUCAUUGUUCCCAUUCAUAUAGGACCCUUUUAUCAGUAGUUCUCCAGUUUUCAUACCUAGAUGUCACUUUUUUUUAAUGCCCUUGGGGGUAUUUUUUAGUUCCUUUCCCUACUCCCACCAAGUUAUACAUCUCCAUUGUCUGACCUGAGCUGGGGUCUCAGCAGGGCUCUGAAGGGAAGCAGCUCUCACUGGACAGACACGUCUUCUCCCAUCAUCGCCCUGCUGUAACUCCAAAGAAAAGGACUUCUUGUGACAGUGUCUUCUGGAGCCAGGCUCCCUGGGGACUAGCCCUCCCCUGCGGAGGCUUUGUGCUUGCCGCCCAUCUCCUUCCUCCUUGGUGCUGCCUGCUGUUUCUCAGCGUGGCUCCUGCCCAUACACUGUGUCCCAGCCCCAGGGAAGCUCCUCUGUUCCAUCUGUUGGCAAUAUCUUGUGGAGCAUUUUGCUGAGGAAAAGGUCAUUGGGAAGCGGAAGAGAACGGUGAAAGUAGUUUCUCAUUUGACGUGGAAGGAAAGAAAAAGCAAGUUUAUCCUAAGUGAAAACUGAGGGAAUCCCUGUCUGCUUUAGACAUGCAAUUCAUGGUGAUUGAUAGGUAGAAAUCUCAUUCAAAAAUUGUCUCUCGAGCUCACACAAAGGAUUUCUCCUGUCUUUUAUUUUCCUUCUGUGACCGCAGAAACCAUGUCAAAAGGACAGGCUUGCCUUCCUACUCCAUUCUUAGGAAGUGAUUCUUCAAACACCAAAAGGGAAGAAGGUCUCUGAUUCUCACCUCAGGUUUUGGUUUGGUUUGGUUUUGAUGCACUAGAGCACAAGGCUGCCAGUUACAGCUGAGAUCUUUGGAACCAAAGCAGGGCGUGCUGAGCGCAUUGUCUAGGCACCGUGCCACGGAAGCAGGUGGCAGCACUCCCCCUCACAAUAUGCUCCGAAGUGAGGGUGCAAGCCAGAAACCCCAUCAUGUGGCUGUUCCACCGUGUCUUCUCAGCAUCUCCUUACCUGAUUUUUUUAGGCCAAAGGAAAUAAAACAUCAGCAAAACCACCUUUUUUUAAUGUCUUACGUGAACACCCAUUAAAUUCCCAUGCACUGAGGCCCAUAGACCACCACUGGGCAGUUUUUCAAAGUAAGAACCCACGUUAUUGCUGUGAACCUACCCAACUCACCUGCUUUUCUGUCUUCCUUGUGCCCCUUGCUGUUCCUGUCACUUCCCUCAGAGGCCUCACCUGCUAAGCCCAGUCUAGAACACGUGUCUCUGGCAGAAGGAUAUUGAUAUGCCAGUUCUGUAACUUCCUGUCUGCCUCCUGCCAGAUGCUUCCUGUCCAUUCUUCCUCCUAAUAUUUCUCUGUAUCUCUUCUGUGUUAGUUUUGUGUGAUUUUUUUAGAAGUUCUCUUGACCAGGAAAAGCUGUAACUUGGUGCAAAGAUCAUCAUUCCCUUGACUCGAGAUAGAAGAACUAGCAGUGACUUGAAACGAGCCUAUUCAAAAAUGCAGGGGAUCUCCAGAGAGCCCGCAUUCUGACAUUUUUCACCCAACAAGCAGCCUGUUUUUUUUAAGGGCUGCCUCUCCCAGCUACACACCUGAGUCACUGGUGCCUGGGAUUCAGCUGCCACAAAACUGUCAGGCUCUGUUAAGGAGAUCAGAGUCACCUCUGCUCUUCCCUGUACCCAACUAAGAGGUGGUAAAUGAGGUUACAGACUAACACAAUACCCAAUUCGUGUUUCCCAGUAAACUUGUAGAUUUUACUGCACUUACAUGUUCUUCUUAAGAAAUAAGUUGUUGCCUGUUCAGUGUUAUAGGUUUCUUUUUAUUAAAAAACAAGCAGCAGUUGAGGAAACUGAGACAAUGUAUUUUGUUUCUGACAAAUUUUAGAAGAAAUGUGUACAUGUGUUUGGAAUUGUUGAGAUGCCAAGUUUUCUGUACAAGUGUUUUUGUAAUUAAACUUUUAGAUUUUCUUUGUUUUUUUUUUAAGAAGUCGAUAUGCUUGCUUGACAUUUGCCUCAUUAAAACUUUUCUAUGUUCAAUCCACCCGAUUCACUUUUACCUGCAUCGUAAGGAAAAAAAGUCCUACCUUUGCCUUUUCAUCUUAAAGACUUUGUCAACUCUGCAUUAAUCCGGUAACACAUUUAUUUCACUAAUUGCUUAUUCAAAAUGUGUCUU